ACCGUGGUUAGACGCGUGUUUUCGAUACACUGCCCCCUGCAGUUUGGGAGCAGACGCCGCACGGAGUAUAAAGCCACACACGGUCUCUCGAGUGGAUUUCCGCGCGGCUCGUUCGAGCGUGUAGGAACGUAAUCGUCCCCGCUGAAGUGUUCACUACACAAACAACACUGUUCCAUCCUGGCCACUUCGGUUCCCACUUUAUAGCCAACGUUGUUGUCUAUACACUAGGUCCCCAAAUUACGAACACCCGACUAGCGAACACUCGCCGAUACGAACACAAGCCGACUGGUCUAUAUUUUAUUUUAUUUUGCCUUGUAGUCAGUCGCUCAAUCAGUAUUUAUACUGCUGCUGUACAGGCUUGACCAGUAGAGGGCACUGUGACACUGCUAAUGCAGCCUUAGAGCUAAUGAGACCAACAGAGGAAGAGUUAGACGCUGGGGAGAUACAGUGUAAAGCUAAAUGGAAAGCUAAAUUGGACAACCCAGACAGAGCGUGUGAUUAAAGUUUAUGAAGAGUUAACAGGCCUGCUUAAUUGUACACCACCCACAGAACACUACCUCUUUUAGAAGAGUCUAACGACGCGACUUGUCCUUUUUUUCAAUAACUCCUCCUCCAACUCCACCACAACGACGUAUGCUCGACCACUCCUCUUCAAAGCGGUCGUCACCCACGCAUGUAAACAGUGUGGAACACAUACGCAGGCGGCAGCCAGCAAUGAUACUAAGGAAGAGAAAAUAAGGCCGAACGAUUGUGAGCCGGAACGACUUUCCUCAACACCAAAAACCGACCAGAACUCUGCUCACGGGAUGAAGUGGGGGGUAAGUCACUGUGGAUGCACUACACUGCUGAUGGGGAUGUCCUACAACUUCAUGUCAAAAAAUCCGGACUAUCCCUGUCAUGGUAUUGCCUAGUAGAGCUGUCCUAUCUAGUCAUGAACAUGAACUGAUGAAGCCUGCUUGGAUGGGAGGCGAAAUGUCUUCUAAUACAACUUGACCAUUCCAGUUGCGAUCAAUGAAGUGUCCUAAGAAUCACUGAUUACACUUUAUUUAUGUAAUUAUCAGCAUUGAUAAGGGACAAGGGUUUAAGCUGUUGUCACCUUGUUUUUUUAACUUGUUUCCUCAUCAGGAAGCGAGGGUCUUGUCAGCCUUUCAGGAGUGGAGAGGCUGUAUCAGUCCGUUAAGUGUUGGAUGAGAGGCCCGAGACUUUCAGAGGUGAUGUGAGCCAUUGGACCCACUUCACAAGGUCAGCCACUGCCUGAACUUCAUCCGUAUCACUUUCCUGCCCGUUAACCACCCAUGGCGGCUCCUCCCUAGAGGAUUAAGAACUUGACACGCGUGUUUCACAAAUUUCAGUCAGGAAUUCAGCACACCAUGCCCAUGGGCCGCCAGACUUAGGUGAGCCGUGACCCUGCCCAUCCCCGGCUAAUCCCACCCUGAUGAGGUCCAGUCCGGACCAGCCACAUCAGUGUCGUGACCCCUAGUGAGGACAGCGUGUCAUGGUGCCUGCAGCCAAGAAGAAGACGAGAGCGACUGAGGCAGAGAGAGCGAGAGCGAGAGAGAGAGAGAAUCCCUCAGACGAGCAUCGAGGCUGACACACACUAGAAGAGAGGAGCUGAGAGGGGAAACAAUAUUUGGAACAUUGCAGUGUGGCACUCGUAUCUGGAUACUCCGACUGAGACGCUACCAGGCCGACCAAGAGGAUAAGAGAUGGAGAGGCCUUACAAAGCACGCCCUUCCAAGCUUGGCGCUACAUCUCCAUGGCCUUGACUUUUUACUGUACAAGCAGUAAGCAGUAACUGAGAGGAAGGCUAUCAUCAUUUAUGACACCCUGAGGUCCAAGUUGUGCAGAAAACCCAAGCCAACUUGGAGGAACCAUCUGUACAGCAGUGUUGGAACUCCUUGUAAGGACCCAGAGCCUGAGGGUGGCCCCACCAUGAAACCUUCCAUCAUCGUGGUCCCCCCCUCUAGCCUCCUUCUGGUCCUCAUGUGUUGCCCCCUGCUGAGCCUGGUCCAGUCUGCCAGCAGUAACAAGGCCAGUGACAACAAGCUCGGCGACUCGGACCCCCAACGCUGCAUGAGGCAUCACUUUGUAGAGACCAUCGCCCACCCCAUUUACAAGUGCAACUCCAAGAUGGUUCUGCUGGCGCGCUGCGAGGGCCACUGCAGCCUGACCACGCGCUCCGACCCGCUCAUCUCCUUCAGUGCGGUGUUGAAGCAGCCCUUCAAGAGCACCUGCUCCUGCUGCCGGCCGCACACCUCCAAGCUCAAGGCCGUGCGGCUGCGGUGCGCCGGCGGCACUCGCAUAACCGCCACCUACAGAUACAUCCUGGCUUGCAACUGCGAGGAGUGCAGCUAGGAUAACCUAAGCUAAGCCUCCAGCAUCCAGAACUUUUGUUUUUUCUUUUUUUUUUAUUUGCGACAUGCUGCAUCUUUACUGGAGCACACCUGCACUGCCAUUAUCCCCCGCUCCCUCCCCAAUUUUACACACUCCCCCACAGGAUUUUUUUUUUUGGCAAAGUGGUCAGGUGGACUAUAAAAAGAUGGCGGCCGGCGUCAGUGGCGUCAGUCAGUGUGAGGUGUUUCUUCAAUGUGGUCUAUUUGAAUCUCCUGUAAUGUUCCUGUAAUAUCACGCUGGAUUUAUACAAGCUUCUUUGUUUGUCUCUCUCUCUCGCUCUCUCUCUCUCUCUCGCUCGCUCGGAGGAAACUUUUCCUCGUGGACUUCCUGUUAAUCCUCUUCCAAGAAUAAUGGAAUCUCACACUGACUGACAGAUUGGGUCAAUUCUUCAAGCCAUCACCGCGUGAAGUCACGGUCGGUUUAAUUCCGUCCAAUCGCGGUGUUCUCCCUUCAUUAAAGUCAAAGCAAACUAAGAAUUUAGUGCAUUUUUUAAAAUGUAUUUUUAUUUGACUCAUUUUAUAGUGUUCAAUCAUCUUAAAUCUUUCCAAUCAGGCUCUUUGACGUCCUCUGCUGGCCAGUCGUGUCAGACACACGCCACAUUACUUCAUGUCCAAGUAUUUAACUGGUCAAUAAAUGCAUAAAAUAAAUACAAAUUAAAACUUCUCAAAAGCCAAAUU